UUUCUUUGUGUUGGAUUCCGUGCAUUGCAGAUAUAAACGUAGAGAGAACAAUGAGGAAAGCAGCAGUGUUUGUGUUUUUGCUGCUCACCGUAGCUAUGGAGGUGAGUGGUGCUGCAGAUAAGAAGAAGGGAUCCGAGGCAGAAACCCCCAAGAAGGUGAAGGCAAAAGAAGCUGAAACCACUGACACCAUUCCUGCAAGCAAAACCAGUUCUCCAGCUUAUAAAGGUAACCUGCUGGUGGUGCCGAUGGAUGGGAGUCACUGGGUAGGUGUAAAAGCCAUUGCCCAAGAAAUGGGUCGCCGUGGACACCGGGUCACCGUGGUGAUACCGGAGAUCUCCAUGCGGAUGGGCCCGGGGAAGCACUACGACACUGUGACCCAUCCUGUUCCUUAUGAUUACGCUCAUAUGGACAGUGUGCUGUCCACAAACAAGGACGUACUGGAAAAAUCUACACAGUCUUUCCUGGAGAAGGUGCAGGCACGAAUCUCACAGUUUCAGGCCAUUCAUGACAUCAUUCACACCACUGCAGAGAGCUUGCUGUUCAAUGACAGUAUCAUCACACAUCUGGCACAGCAGAACUUUGAUGCCGUUCUGACAGACCCCAUGGUGCCGACAGGCUCACUCAUAGCUCGGAAAUUAGGUCUCCCCACCAUCAACAUGCUGAGGGGCAUUCCCUGUUCCUUGGAUAUGAAGGCUGCAGGCUGCCCAUCCCCACCGUCGUAUGUGCCUCGCUUUUUCACUGGAUUCACAGACAGAAUGACCUUCAAGGAGAGAGUUAUCAACACUUUGGUGGCUUUAUUUGAGCCCCUCCUUUGCCGACUAGUGUACGGGCACUUUGACCACAUAGCCCAUAAGUUCCUGGGAGAGGAGGUGGGCAUUGCCGAAGUGCUGUCAGACUCUGAUAUAUGGCUGAUGAGGAUUGACUUCACACUGGAGUUCCCGCGCCCUCUCAUGCCUAACAUGGUACUAGUUGGCGGGAUCAACUGCAACGUGAAAAAUCCUCUGCCUAAAGAUUUGGAGUCCUGGGUGUCGGGAGAACAUGGGUUCAUAGUGUUCACUCUUGGUUCCAUGGUGUCAGAGCUGCCAGAAAAGAUCACCGCUGUCUUCCUGGAGGCCUUCAGACAGAUUCCACAAAAGGUGAUAUGGAGAUACACUGGGAAGAUUUCUGGUAACGUACCAGAAAACGUGAAGCUGAUGAAAUGGGUGCCUCAGAACGACCUCCUAGCGCAUCCGGGAGCUCGAGCUUUCAUCACUCACGCCGGUUCACACGGUCUGUUCGAGGGACUGUGUCACGGUAUUCCCAUGAUAAUGGUGCCGAUUGCCGGAGACCAGCCUGACAACGCACAAAGGAUGGCGAGCAGAGACGCAGGAGUUGUUUUGGAUAUUACCACCCUCACAGUUGAAAGCCUUCUCCAGAAACUGAACGACGUCCUUUAUGAUGUCAGGUACAAAGAGAAUGUGCAGAAGCUGUCAGAUCUUCAUAAAGAUCGGCCACUCGACCCACUGGAACUGUCGGUGUACUGGACCGAGUUUGUGAUGAAACACAAAGGUGCAAAACAUCUCAAAGCUGCCGUCCACGACCUCAACUUUAUCCAGUACUACUGCCUGGAUGUAGUCGCACUGUUAGUUACUGUGGUGCUGGUUUGUGUAAUGCUGACAGUAAAAUGUAUAAAACUAUGCUUCCGGAAAGUGACUGGGAAGAGAAAGCAGGAGUAACAAGAUCUAAAGAUGACGAUUUGUGCAUCCUCAUCUGUUUAAGGGAAAAAUAGAAAUAAUGUCGUUAUCCGCAAAAAUUUGAUUUAAAAUGUGUGGAAUUAGUUGUAGUAUAAAACAGGCUGAAGAGGAAUCAUGUGGUGAUCACAUAGACAUUUAAUAAACAGAAAAUACAGAAUAUAAUUAGACUCCAUUAGGUAUGGGCUUGAGGGAUGAUCAGUGGCCAUCGUUCGUCGGGGGGAAAAAGGUGUACUCUAUAGCCAGAGCAACAACAAAAGCUCCGAAGCCCCACUU